AUGAUUCGCCUCGUUUUUCUUUCACUCGCCGCUGUGCUUGCGUUCUGCGGACACGGGACAGCAAACGCUGCCACAACCGGCAAAGCAGAAACGCUUGAUUGCUUAACUGAAAUGAACGCGGCAAGAGCAGCUGCUGGGCUUGCUGGGUUUGAGAAGGCAUCAAAGGAAGGGCAAGUGCUUCCGGAAGAUUCUUCUGAAGGACGACAGAUAGUAGCUUCUGAUUUAUGGAACGAAAUCUGCCAAAACCUAGUGGGGGAAGCAAACAGACCCCAAGAGGCCACGAAGUUGGUGGGGACGCUCGCGUACUACUUUGGCGAGAAGAACUGCGAGGCGGCAGUGGAGUACUGGAAUGAAGCCUUUUCCCUCUUUAAGAAUGAGAUUCCCCCAGCAUUCACAGCGUCAAGCAGCAAAAAUGUAUAUAACGACAAGGCUGUCUCCUUUGUCGCCCUCUACAACCCCAAGGAAAGCCCUGUAGCUAGCUGCGCGUUUGCCACCUGUACAACCCCGGGCGCAAGCGCAGCUGAUCCCCCAACGCAGCCUGGAGACGCUGACAGCGGGCCAUCAAGGAGACUUCAAGAGGAAUCCAAAAUAACUACAGCCGUCAUGUGCUUGAUCAACCCGGAAGCACUGAAUCCUAACGUAGCUCCAUUCACGGAAGAUGAAUGGAAGAAGAUUGUUCGUGCUCUCGGGAGCAGUGGGAUUUCCCCAAUCAGGCCAUCAUUGACACUUGGGGUCAUACUGGCAACUUUUGCCUAUGGUCUCAUUUAA